AUGGCCCCGCGACGACUUCUCCUGAGGAAAGACCGAACACUGGACCGGGCCACCAACGUCGGCGUCACUUUACCAAGCUUCAACUUCGUGGAAGCUCGUCCUCCUCGGCAUCUGGACGAAAUCCUUUACAGCACGGUAUCGCGGCGAGCAGAGCGAUUCGAGGAUCCCUCGAUGACGCAGGAGACCAAGAUGGCGCGUGUCUGGCAAGCGUUGCUCCGACACUCUGAGCGCGGCCGCUUCGGAAACCCUGAUGCUGGGAGUGUGAAUCCCAUCUGCACGGCUCUGUGCCUGGAAGCCACGGACAAAAUCCUCGCAGCGUGCGGAGCAUCGACACUGCUCCGGAGCGUGCUUGUUGGUGGGCUAGCGAAUUCGGUGUACACGCAGUAUGAUCCAGACCAGGAAUUCGAAAAGCAAGAGCAGUACGCGCAAGUUGUAUGGCGCCAGAACAAGCAAAUAACCACACAGGAUGAGGAGAUUACGAAGCUGGUGAAACUGCGUGAGCUGGCGGAGCAGCACGUGUUUGAUCAGCUGAGUGCGGCUGGCGUCGGUCAGCUACUGCAGCAAAUGGAUCUGUCCCGUCGUGUUAGCGCUGUGACUGAGAUGCUGGCGCCCGUACUCGACGACGAGCUGCUUCUUGUUCUUUGGAAUGCAACCGCCACGACGCAGGCGUCAGCUAACCAGCUCCUCCGAGUUGAGGCACCAGACAGUGAUGCUAGUGAUACUAGCCCAGAGUCCAUGACGUGGAACGAGACGAGGAAGCGAGGGGCUGCUCUCGCGAGCCUCGUGCUCCAAGAACGUGUCCGCCUCGUGAUUCUGGUGUGGCAACGACUAAGCACAGAAGAAAAGCGGCUAGCGUACAAGACACUCGACCCAUCCAUCUCGACCACGCAGGCGGCCGCUACACUCAAGAGCGUGCUGCAUGCGCUGGAGGAGACUUAUGUCUCCGAGUUGAUCCACCACCAGCGCCAACUCUCUCGGCGAAACUUAAACCUGGCCUCACAACUCGGAAUCAUCAACGAGUCUGGCGCAAACAAACCGUCAGCCCCAGGAAGACACGUCGGCUUGACACCUACAGCCCCACGAGCGCUAGGAAAGCUUCGCGGUUCUCGAGCCCGCGCACGCACCAUACUGCUAAGUGGAGACUCUGGGGACUUGCCUUACGCUGCUGCAGAACCCAAGACGUCGAUCCCGCAGGUUCUGUUGGGCGCGCUGGUCUCAUCAAGUCCAGGCUACGGGCGCUUGAGUCAAAUCCACUUGUCUCCCAACCAAGGGCGUUCCCGGCCGGUGAGCUCCGGAAUCCUACCAGAGCAACUUCUUGCAUCUCACAGUGACGUCCUUCGCACGUGCGAAGACGUCUUUGAUUUACUCUGCGAGAUCGAACAGCAGCAAGUAGCUGCCCUUGAAGAGCACAAUGGUGAGCCCGGCAGCAAUUGGGAGGAAAUUGGGGAGAGAAUAGUGAUGGAAGCUCGCGUUAAGCUUCGAGACCUGCUGUGCACGUAUGUGGAGCCAUCGGAGCCGAUUCAAGAGCGAUUCCACCGAUGCGAGGAUGCACGUGACAAGCGAGUGGAGCUUGAAAGUAUUCGCUCCGACGACGAGCGCAAACUCACGGAGCUGAUGACUGCCAUCAUUUCUGGACAGCGUCGCAACCCCGAACUGCUGGUCAAUGCAGUGAACCGUAGUCCGGAGACGCUUCUUAGCGCCAUGGCGCUGAAUCCGGGUAUGUUGCUCUUCGCUAUCACGAAGUUCCCUGACGCAGUGAAGCGCUUCCUGUCGUUGGACCCUAAAGCUUGUGAUUUCUUGGACGGACUUGUUCAAAAGCACAGGGGAGUUCAAUUACUGUGGAAAUCCACCGGUAUCGCCGGUGGCCACGAAGUUUUUCUGCCGGUAAACAGACUGAGGAAGCUGUCGAUUGCUGCUGAGGAGCUGGCUAUGGCAUUGCCGUCUGGUGAGUCACUGGAGCAGGGAGCGUUGCUGCUACUCGAGUGGUUCACGUCCCAUUUGAACGAUCUGACUGAUCUGUUGCUUGAGCAUCCCAAGCCGCUACAAUUGCUGUUCAUUAAAAUGCACCAGCGGGGCGAUGUGUCGGCUUUCUUCCAGCUCAUGCUGCUACUUCAGCAGACCCCGGGCGUCCAGAACUUCAUCUCACGAGCGUCGGUGGCAACUCUUGAGCGUCUUGCGCUGGAAGACCAGUCCGCUGUGCUGUCUGUCCUCCGUGAGAUUUUUCAGUAUCGUGAAAGCCACAGCGAGAACAGCGGCGACGAUUCUCCCGCCCGUCCAAACCGUGAUCUACUUCAUGAGCUCCAAGCGUCUCCGCACCUCGUAGCGUGUCUGACCGCUAUGGAUCCGAACGUGCUACAGGAAGUCUUCUUGGGCAAUAUCGAUGUAUGGGCGCCGUUCUUCGUAGAUAUGGUGUCUUCCAGCGAUGCACUGCUACGUCAGAGCGUCGUUCAACGGACUAAUCACGUUGAAGGCGGUGACACGCUGCUACGGCUACUAACAGCCGUCAUGGAUGGCACCACUGCCGUUUUGGACCUUGCAGCGUUAGAUCGAGCCCUCUCUGCGUCGGACGUGGAGCAAGCAAAGCAGCGAGAGGCUACUGCGCGCAGAAAGGAGCAUCAGUGCAUUUAUCUACACGGUCGAUCUACUGUCUUUGGUGCCGUUGUUGCACCUCAGAUCGCUGUUAUCGGGUACAACCCGCGUCGAUUCUUGUUGUACCGGGGCAAUAAAGACAACAAAGGCCGGACGCUGCUGCGUCCUGCCCGGGCGAAGAAACCUACUCCGUCGGCGCUAACAACAGGGAGGAAGCGUCAACUCCGAAGCGGUGAGACCAGCGGAUUCCAGGCUCCACCAAUGUCAAGCGGUGACAACAGUACCAGCGAGAAGAUUCUCAUCGCCAGAGGCGGCGAGGUGCCCUUGAUGUGGCAGCUCUACCUACGAGCCCACUCUGCUCUACAGUCGAGAGAAGAUGCUGAGGGAGCAAGAGAAUCGUUGCCCUCUCUGUCCAAGCCACGGGUGAAGGCGUUGGUUCUGGAUAUCUGGCUCGAUUUUCUCAAGACGGAUCACUUGCAACUAGAGAACGCAAGCCUUUGGUCUGUUGCUCCGUUCGUAUGCGACUACUUGAUUGCUCGAUAUAAUGCACCGGCGGCGGUAGGUGCACGUCUCGAGAAUCUGCUGAACGGGUUGGUCGCGUUUCAAGACGAUCCGCGCGUGGCUUUCUUCGCCUCAGCCUGUGGAUUGGGGGAUGUGAAGACAUCGGACGCGUAUGAAGCAGGACCACCGAGCUACGACGUGUUCCUCUACUACAUGCACGCCCUCGCCCAUUUAUUCUAUGGCCAAAUGAGAAUCUUCCAGUCAGGAAAGCGCUUGGACGAAACCCCGAGCGGAAGCUGUCCGAUCGACGUUCAUCACGCUUUGGCUGUCACGAACGCACUCUUCACGUUUUCACUCACGGAGACAGCGAUACGUUUGCUGCGUGCCGAGAUUGAAGGCCUUCCCCGUAUCAAAGCGACAUCACUACUGGGAAUGACUGACCUGCCAGUUGCAGAGGUUGCUGGCGAAUCGAGUGACGAAAGCACUGUCGAAAUCAUCGUCGACCAUACUGAAGGAACGACCCGAUUCGUCGAACUGGACGAUGUCAUGAGCAUCUUCCUGAAGCAGUGGACGGCCAAGACCCACCAAACAGAGGAGCGGUAUCGCCAGGCAUUUGCUGCAAAUGAUUUGGGCGGAGACCGGAUAGGGGUGGACGAGUUCGUCAAGAUUGUCACGGGGGUCAGUGCGGGUCGAAUCUCUGCGCGGGAGUGUCGUCUGGUCUUCGGCGACGCUGGCCAGGAGUUCAUGAACUUGGAAAUGUUCAUGCGCGUGACGCGCGCGUACCAGCUCCGCGCCUUCGACACUCACCUACCGGAAGUCAGCCUGGAUGAGCGAGACCUGCAGGACUUGCGGCUGUCUGUGGGCCACGCCAAUGUUGUGUCCACGCAACGAGAGGUCGAGGACCUGGCGAGGUAUUGGCGCAGUGUGCGCUCGGAUGUGGUGCACCAACUCGAAGCUGCUCACCAGAAGAAGGCCACCAAGACCAUCCUCAAGAAGCAGAGCGCGUUGAUCGAGAAGCUCGUGGCCAGCACUCCCCCACUGCUCCAGCAACUCCAAGUACAGCAGCCAUUCGCCAAACGCCAGGCCACGAGCUCAGCACACACUGCGGCGCUGCAGGAGAAGCUGGAUCGGAUGUGGCACGAGGUGCGCACCUGUGUCAAGAUGCUGCAUCGGGCCAAGCUCACGCAGCACUACCUCAGUGGCCUGUUCAUCCGGUCCAACAUGCUGCGGUGGAUCCGUCAGGCCCGCAAACGCGCCCACGAAGAAGAAGAGCGCCAACCGUCUCGCCUGCCCACACCUCUCCUCCCCUCUGGCUCGAGCAUCUCCAAGGCAGGCUCAGUUCAAAGCUUGAGCUCUCCAACGGGGCUGUAG